UCACUCUCUCACCCGUGUGACAGACCAUCCCUCUCACCCCACAGCAUCACCAACACGGGCGAUCCCCUUCACUGCACUGCAUGAGGGAGUCUCAAAAGGCUUAUAAACACACCCAACACGCAAGCUCCUUUCAUCUCUGGACCAGCGACGCAUCAGUCGCUUUACUGUCACUUGUGUCUCACGCGAUCAGCUCAUCGAGUCAAGCUUCUUCCGGAUUCUUGUUUGUGAAGGAUAGCUAUCGCGGUUUGCCGCGCACGUCAACCCGAUACACCUGGAAAAAGAUCCGUCAAUUUCGCCGAUCGCUGGUCAACGAUUGUUCGCCUUCGCCGACGCGAAACAACAUGGCGACAGCUCUCCUCUCGCACGCGGCGGUCCCCGUCGCGGUAACAUGCGCGAAAUCGACAACGGCCUCUCGUAACCGCGUCGCCCUCAAGUCGCCCUUCGCGGGGACCAGCCUCCGCCUGCCCGCGCGCCUCCCCUUCCCCCGCGCGCGGAAACCCGCGGGGAUCUCCGCGGUGAUCGAGAUCGAGCAAGAGGAGAUCCUUACGACCCCGCGCGAUCCGCCCAAGACCAUCCUCGAGAAACUCGAGGAGCUGGAUGACGUGGGCGUGCCGCACCAGGUGUUGUGGUCCGAUGUUGUAACCGUUAAGAAGCGCCCGUAUUUCUUCAACCGCGAGUGGCUUCCGAAAGACAUUGGGUACGCCGUGUUCCUCGGCAGCAUCCACCUGCUCGCGCUCGCCGCGCCGUUUACCUUCUCGUGGGAGGCGUUCGAGUGCUUCGUCGCCAUGUACGUCAUCACAGGCAUGUUCGGAAUUACGCUCUCGUUCCAUCGCCAUCUGACGCACCACAGCUUCGUGCUGCCCAAGUGGCUCGAGUACACUUUCGCCUACUGCGGUGUCCUCGCCUGUCAGGGUUCUCCGUUUGAGUGGGUGAGCGCUCACCGCAUUCACCACCGCUGGUGCGACAAACCCGAGGACGUUCAUACGCCUUAUGAGGGGUUUUGGUACAGCCACGCUGGCUGGCUGCUCGAUAACGAGGCGCUAAACGCCAGGCUGGAGGGCAAGAACAACAUAUACGACCUGACCAAGGAUCCGUUCUACCAGUUCAUCGAUAAGACCUACAUCUGGCACAUCGUCGCCUCCGUUGUCGCUCUCUACGCGCUCGGCGGCUUCCCCUUCGUCGCAUGGGGCUUCGCGCUGCGCCUGGUGUGGGUGUACCACAUCACGUGGUUCGUCAACUCCGCCUCGCACGUUUGGGGCGACCAGCCGUGGAACACGGGGGAUCUUUCUCGAAAUAACUGGUGGGUGGGCAUUCUGGCGUUCGGUGAGGGCUGGCACAACAACCACCACGCGUUCGAGUACUCGGCGCGCCACGGUUUGGACUGGUGGCAGAUCGAUAUGACGUGGUACACCCUCAAGCUGCUGGAAGCCGUUGGAUUGGCCACCAAUCUACGGUACCCGCGCGAGAAGCACAUGAAGAAGCUCGCUUUCCCCGACUCCCCCCUCGCGAAAAAGGCCUAGGUGUUACUUCGGUAACACCGAAAUAAAUAUGCGCUACAGUGUUUACAAAAGCUGUGGAUGCAUAUUUCUAUAGUGGCUGUCAUCGUGUACAUUGGGUAGGUUCUCCUGGUUUGGAGGGAGCUGCCUCCCUGAUAGCCGCCUGAUGGCUGCUUAUCAUGCUCUUUUGUAGAUUCCCCCUUUUGCUGAGGGCUAUGGGAUUUGGGAUAUUGUGAGCUCUUCUAUAGUGUGUUAUGGGUGAUUAGCAGCAUGCACCAAUAUAUUGGGCUAACCUUUGAAUGGCCAACUAU